AACCUUUUCGCUGACGCAACCAAACUCCCAAAAAUAAAGUUUUAUUUAUUUUUCUUUUCUCUCUCUCUCAUAUUUCUUCUUCUUCCGUCUGCUUCUCUCCAUCUCCUUCCAACUCUCUCUCUCUUCAUGCCCGAACGCAUCGGGUCUCAAAAACCAUUGAUACAGACAUCGAUCCUUGUCAACUAGUCUUGAUCUUAUAAAUCUGUAGAGAUAUGGCCGCCGCAGCCGUUUCCUCUAACCCUCGCACCGUUGAAGAGAUCUUCAAAGAUUAUAGCGCUCGUCGUGCCGCUCUUCUUCGUGCUCUCACUAAAGAUGUUGAUGAUUUUUACUCUCAAUGCGAUCCGGAAAAGGAGAAUUUGUGUUUGUACGGACACCCUAAUGAGUCAUGGGAAGUGAAUCUACCAGCAGAGGAAGUUCCUCCUGAGCUACCUGAGCCUGCUCUUGGUAUCAAUUUCGCUAGAGAUGGUAUGCAGAGGAAAGAUUGGCUUUCUCUUGUUGCUGUUCACAGUGAUUGUUGGUUGCUCUCUGUUUCUUUCUACUUUGGAGCUCGUCUUAAUCGCAAUGAGAGGAAGCGGUUAUUCAGUCUGAUCAACGAUCUCCCAACUCUCUUCGAUGUAGUGACUGGUAGGAAAGCCAUGAAAGACAACAAGCCAAGCUCGGAUUCCGGAAGCAAAUCCAGAAAUGGCACUAAGAGAUCAAUAGACGGGCAAACAAAGAGCUCAACACCGAAACUAAUGGAAGAGAGCUAUGAGGAGGAAGAAGAAGAAGAAGACGAGCAUGGAGACACUCUCUGUGGGAGCUGUGGAGGUAAUUACACAAAUGAGGAGUUCUGGAUUUGCUGUGAUGUUUGUGAACGCUGGUACCAUGGAAAAUGCGUUAAGAUAACUCCGGCUAAAGCAGAGAGCAUCAAGCAGUAUAAAUGCCCGCCUUGCUGUGCAAAGAAAGGAAGACAGUGAUGGUGAUGAAUUGAUGAUGAUGAUGAUCUCUCAGAGAGACUUUGAUCCUCAUGUUUUAAUCAAUAUGUUAAUCAACUUUUUUUCUUUUUCUUUUCUUUUUUUUCUUUAACCUUUUAAUUUAAAAGCAUACAAAACUCUCUCUUUAGAUCUCAAGAAAGGGAUUUCAAGAAGUUGAUAAAGAGAGUAGCAACUGUUUGAGUAAUAUUAUUAUUAUUCAUAUUUAAAAAAAAAAAAAAACUGGGUUGUUCCAUGAAAUGUGUCAUUGGGUUUGUAUAUGUAGUCAAAUCUUUAAGCUUUGAACUGUAUUUUGCACUUUAUGUUUUUAAUCUUCUGUUAGGUCU